AUGGAUUUCCCGGCCGGCGCGCUCACUAACUUCCGUGUUCUUAAUCUACUCCAGGGUAGCACCAAAGUCGCUGAAUACGCACAAUUGAAAAGCCUUACCACCUAUUCUGCAUUUUAUGAAGGGUUCAUUUCUGCGAUUUCCAAAACUCUUACACUCCAUUUUACGAAGCAGCAGAAGGUGAUUCCACUCGGAACUCGAACUUUCUAUAGUUCUCUGGAGGAGAACGGACAUCAAAGUGGAGACGAUGAUUUACCCUUUUCCCGGAAGUCUACAUCAUUUCUUUCCAUCCUUGAUAUUAAUGUGACAUCGAAAGGUAGACUCGCGAUCUCUUUGUGCACCCUCCCGCAACCUGGUUUGGAGCAAUUACUUCGUGACUCAGAAUCUGAGAUAAUCGGUGCCCGCUUGAGCGAUGAUGUGUGGAUUGCGCCCUCUGGGACACUGUGCAGACUCAUAUCGACUGACGAAUAUCAAUCAACUCAAUCAAACACUGUUUCCCCAGGUCAUAUUGCUACAACGCCCCACGAGGUUGAACUUCUAGCUAGCAAAAUGAAAGCUGAUAAACGAGAAUGGAAGAGAUGUGUGACUGAAUGGCUCAGAAUAUUUGGCUUGCAGCUAAAUGAUCCGGAGGCGGAGUUGUGGGUUGAAGUCGAAGUUAACGCGUUAGACCGACAAUUAUAUAUUCUUUUUUCCAAAUCAAAUUGGAAUCACCAAAAAUCGUCUCCCUUUAUCCGAAUUUUAUGGCCUUUAAAACUAUGUUUCACCAGAUCGCGGUCUAAGAUGACCGCUCCUGCGAAUCCCACUGAGUUCUUCUCCGGCCAAGCUGAGAGCCCAUUACAACUUGCGGAAAGAUGGGUUAAAGAACCAUGUCCGAUCAGACAGCCAUUUGAUAAGCAUAAAACUUCAGAUGAUCCAAGCGAGCUCGAAAAACAACAACAAAAAUGCUCAGAACCAUCUCCGCUAAAGCUCGAUCACCCAGAAAUGCCAGAGAGUUUAGCAAGGGUGAUUAACUUGCCGGAAGCACAGCUUGCGAGUGCGGUAUAUCCCACCCCUCCAGGUGGUGGGUUGGCCCAAGGUAUGGGUGCAGGCAUCGUAUCGGAGGGACUUGGAACAUCUGCGAUUGAUACAUUACACUACACACCUACACAAAGUGAACAAAUUUAUAACGAGACCGUUGGGCCUGCAGCGUACUUUCGUGGAACUUCAGAACUUUUACCAACCGGCUUAGAUCCGACAACAUCCGAACUCGGAAUUGGAUCAGGCCUUUAUGAUACUGCAGCUGACGAAGACUUUUUUGGUGAUAUGGAUGUCGCGAACUUUGACACCAAGGGUAUCACGGAGGCCGAUUUUAACUUUUUCGAUGAACCUGAGUUUACUGGGUUGACCGGCGACCUUGAUAUGCAAACUGGUGAGCCGGAAGCAGUGCAACAAGAUACCGAAGCUAAUUUCACUGCACCUGAUAGCUCAGAUACUGCCAUGUCGAUAACAGAACCUAGCCCCUCAAAUAAUGAUCAAAAUCACCUUACCAAAUCCGAGCAUGACACAAUCAAACAACCAGCCUUCAGCUCCUUAAUUACAACAGCGGAUGAGGAUCAUAUAUGCAAGGAAACUACUGAGCUCAGUCAGAUCAUUUCAACAGAUGAUAGCCAAAAGAAACGACCAAUAAGCCCGCCUCUCAGCCCAGUUCAAAUCAAGAAAAUUUUGUCUCCGGACGUAUUAACAAAUCUAAGAUUGACGCCAUUUAAAUCAGAUAUCUCCAGAUUGCGUAUAGCGCCAAAUCAGUAUAGUCCGGUCAUAUUCCAACCGAGGUUGUGUUCCUCGGACCAAAAGUAUAAAAUUGAUGGAAAAUUUUGGUUUACUCCUGGAAAACGGUAUAUAACAUCUAACUUGGGCGGCUCUCCAUCUGGCAUUCCAACGAUUGGCUUUCCAGAAAAAGGACGGAAAGUAAGGCCAAAACCUCUGCCAAUACUUACAUCGCUUCACCCACUUAUCUCUGAUAACACCCUGGAGAUAGAAUUACAAUCCCCAUCAACAUCCUCUUCGGGUUCAAGCGAAGGCAAUAGCGACACAGACCAUGAAUCGAACGCAAGUUCAUCUCAUGUUAUGAAUUUUCACCCUAAGAGAAGCCGUGAUUAUGAAGUUGAAGGAAAUUCUACCCCGUCACCAUUAGAUAUUCUUACGCAAACUUCUGAUUUGGACAAGGGCCCCUUGAGUGAACAUCAAUUCGCGCUAUUAGGGGCUUUUCUCUCCGAAGGUGUCGACUGGCCAUUAACAGGAUACUUUUCAAGAAAGCAAAAUGAUAUUUUUCCAGUGUUUUUGCGAAGAGAGGAUCUCCUCCAAACUGCACAACUUGUUGUUGACCAAAUUACUCAAUCGAGCUUCUGCCAUAUCCGCGAUGAUUUACACAAACCGGAAUGGGCGGAUUGGGACGAUAUACUGUCACGAAGUUUAUUUGAUAACAUUGAUGGCAUGGGCCAUCUGUCUAAAUUGGAUUUGAGAACUUACGUAACCUUGGAAGAUGGCUCAAAUCCGCGGAAAGAUGGGCCUUCUAUCAGGCCAAAUCUUACCGGUUCUAUAUGCAAGAUAUGCCCUCCCCACAUUAAAGUCCACCGCGGAAACAGCUAUUUGGAAAUCUUACCAUCUGCCAUUGGCUUUUGGGAGACAUUUGGACUCGAGCCGCUCCAAGGAGAAAAGGAUAUCAUACCUUUUUGUAUUUACCCCCCUAAUGUCACCGAGGCAGCAGAGGCAUUCAUCGAGAGGCUAGGCCUGGUAUAUUCCAGUGGCAACUUUGGAAGCCAUUCUCGAUCAAACAAGGCCAACGGACUAGUUCCAUGGAGUCUAAAUGCUGCAAGUGACCAGAACUACGCUUCCCUAAUGCAUGCACUAAAUGUCUCGUGUGAAAACCUGGCGACUGACAAAAAUGUGGUGAUAUACAUCAUAAAUCCUUUCAUCUAUGAUGCAGCUAUCGUAGAUAUCUGCUCAGCAUUUUUACGACUAUUUCAUAAAUAUGUUGGAGAUAUCGACAGGCAGCACACUCGGCAUCUUAGUGAGCUUGUUCUUCAAAUAAUCCCAUUGGAAUUUAUCGCCUCCGCCGACUCCUUAGUUGUACCCACACAGACGGAUUACCUCCGUUUGGCGCUUGAGGUUUAUUCCCGCUGCCCGCCGAAGGAUAGAUCUUCGGACUGGUUGGGAUGCUCUCCUCCUCUUGUGCUGGCGGAUCCAGUUCCAAAAGUGGUGCCAUUUAGGCUGGCGGCAGAAUCUGUGGCACCGUUAGAAGAAGCCAAAUCCCUCCAUGUUGCUUACUCACAUAGUGUCGACCAACGUUGGGUAACCGCAGCAUGGACAGACAAUAGUGGAAGGCACCAAAGCGCUCUUUCGUAUUGUCUUCGGGAACGUGAUUCUCCGGUAUCUAGACCUAUAUCAGAAAUCCGAACACAGAUCUGGGAAACGUCAAAGGACAUUAUGGAUAUGUCAUUAUCGCAUUGGCGGUUGAUCGUCGUAAAAGAUGAACCAGUUGAUCUAGAAGAGGUUGAAAUGUGGACAUCCCUUCUGGAUCAGUACAAUCGCACCAAAGCCAUUAAAGUCGAAUUAGGCAUCAUUUCUGUUAAUACGAAACCUGGCCUGUCUCUCAAACUUCCAUCAUCCCCUCUUCAACCUAGUGCGUUAAGCCAGCAGGCCGCACAGAAUGGCCCAUCAACAACACCAGGAUCUACGCCUCGACCCGUGCCGUCUCCUGAUCCGUCAGGUCCUGCAGCCACUCCCCCAACAGCAAACGCGCCUACAUGCACGGACCAGCAUACUCCUCCGCAACAUGCACAACAGCCAUCUCCCGACUCAGACCAAGAUACAAUUCUCAUUGACAAAUCGGACGAGACUUGGGGCGUAACACUUUCACACAGGCUCAACAACUCUUAUUACCUCACGAAGCACCAACCCGCUCUAGCAAGCGGGUAUCUUUUCCGGCGUUCAGGUGUCAGCGACACAGACGGACAAGCGGUAAUGGCUGUUAAUAUCAUUUACACAAAUUCACGGCGACCAAUCGACCAUUUAUUGAAGGAUAUCCUUCGCAUGUAUCGAGAACUCAUAACUCUAGCGAGGGUGAGGGGUAUCGUUCAUGCGCAAGGAAACUCACCACUACCCUGGCAUAUCAUGACAGCCGUCAAGGGACAGGAGAUGCUGUGUUAUACCCUAUAA